UAGAGGGAGGAGAAGGAGAAAAGAGGAGAGGAGAAGAGGGUGAAAGAAAGAAGUCCUCCUCAUUUCGCCACACUGUUUGGGUUUUUUCGCCCACUUCCCUCUAACGUGGGCAUCAAACGUGACCCGUUGAGGGGGUCCGGAGGGUAGAGCGGGAUUGGCAGGGAUUGGAGCUGAUUGACAGCUGCUGGCUCUGGGCUUUGCAUUCCACAGGCUGGCACAGGGUAUAGGAGGAGGAUGGCGGUGCAGAGCUUUACAGAACUGCUGCAUAAGUUGAAAGAGGUCCAUGAACAGGAGGUGGAAGGAUGGCAGGAAAAGGUGCUGGAACUAACCAACAAGAAAAACUGUGAUGCAAAGAGACUGGAGGAGCUGUACAACAGAAACCAGCAACUGAGAGAGCAGCAGCGGCUGCUUACAGAGAACAUCAAACAGCUGGAGAACAUGUUGCGUGCAGGCCUGUGCGACAGGUGUACAGUUACGCAGGAGGUGGCUAAGAAGCAACAGCAGGACUACGAAAGCUCUCAGCUUCAGAGCCUACAGCACAUCUCUAUACUGAUGAGUGAGAUCAGUGCCCUGAUGAAAGAGAAUGAAAAGCUGAAGGAGGAGGUGAAGAGUCUACGCAGACGGAUAGAGCAAAAGAACGGUCACCCGGAGGAAGCCAGAAGUCCAGAAGUCAAACGCUCCCCUGACCCUACAGCCUCUCCUGUGACCCUCCUGACCUCGGGGCUGAAGGCCGAGCAGCCGUCAGCAGGGGGCGCCACCACAUCAACAGCCAUUGUGAAAAGUGAGAAUGAACACUGCCAAACCACAGAGACGCUGUCUGAGAGGACGGAAACAUCAAAUAAAGGAUCCGAGCACAAACAUCAGCAAGGGUGGAGUGGAACAUAUCCUUUUGAGUUGAGUAAGCUUCCUACUCCUGUGAGCCCAACAAACCCAGCAACAUGGAGAGAGAGGAGAGCAGUCAGCGUGGACUCCCUGGAGCCUCGUCCAUCUCCAACCUCCCCAUCCCUUCCCUCUCACCUCCGUCUGCUAAGGAAAAACCCUUUUCUUUCGGAGGAACGCCGUGACCGAGUGUCCAUGCCAUUCCGACCCCAUCCUAUAAAAAGGGCUCCACCCACCCUCCGCUGGCCCCUGCCUGACCACACAGACUGGGUGGCGAUGGCAAAAGUGGCAAGUGGGGCUCAUCCAAACAUGAACCGAGAGUCCAGCCCCUCCAUGCUGCGUUUUCCCAGUCCGGUUACCCCUACCGGAGGUCUUGACCCCUGCUUGCAAUCUCAGGGGUCCAGCCACCCGCAGCCCUGGUCUGAUCACCUGCCUCGAAAGAUCGUCUCUGAGCUGGGUGAAAGCAGAGACAGGAGAACUACAGUGUCAGUUAUAGCAUCACCCUCCCGGAAAAGUUCUGCAGUGCAGCCUGAGCAAAUCUUUGGGGAGAAUCUGAAAGAGGGGGAGGAGGAGACCCCCCUGGACCUGUCAAGUGCGGGAGGCUCCAAAGUCAAAGAAACAGAGACAAUAGGGACAGUACAGAGCCAAUCACAGAGUGACAUGGCAUCAUCAUCAUCGUCAUCUUCUUCAUCAUCAUCGCCUCCCGCUCCACUCUCCUCGCCAUCUUCGGCUCACUACGCCUCCAGCCCUCAGAGUGACCCACAGGCAGGAGAUACUAAACCACAGAGGGAAGAGACUUCGGAAAGGCCAAAGGAAGAGGGUGAAGAGGAGAAAGAGAAGAAAGUGAAUGUAGAGUUCACAGAGAACCUGAAGGUCCCCACUCUGACCAUUUCACUUCGCCCAGUUGUGGUCCUGGAAUCACUGAAAACCACAGGGCAGAAGGAGCAGGACUUUGAGCAAAAGAGCAGCUUACUGGAGUCGGAGCAAGAAGAGAACAACCACAGAACAGGGAGGAAGAGAGCAGGCCAGGACAAUGAAGUUUUUUCUCGACGGCCACUUAAAGAGAAGAGAAUGAGGCUGACAGUUAUGCCACAGGGGCCCAACCAUGGAGACUCUGAGCAAGGCUGAACCACGCAGAAGUGGGAACAAGUCACUAAGUUGCAAGUAACAAAUCUGUGCAUCGCUCUGGAUCUUCUUACUGUCCUCUCAUCAACUCGUGUUCUGCCUUCCUACAAGAAACAAAAAAA